GCAGAGAGUGCAUUUGUGUGUGUCUAUUUUGAUAUUAAAAAUAUAAAUAUUUUUGACAAUUUAUUUAAUUAUUUAUAUACACUGAUUAUCAAUUAAAAAUGCCACCAAGUAAAAAAGCUUUGAGCCAAUCAUCUGUAGAUUCUGGUUCAGAGUCUGAAAGUGGUUCUGUAUCAUCAGCAUCAUCAAGAAGUGCUUCACCAGAACCUAAUGCACCAAUUCCAACUUCAGAUAAUCAUGUAAGUGAUAAAUCAGAUGUUGAAGAAGGUCCACGUUCACCAAAUUCACCAAGAACAAGUCGUAGUCGUUCAAGAAGUACAAAUAAAUCACCAACACAUGUAAGUCCAUCAACAAGACGUUCUAGUUCAGCUGGUUCACAAAGUCCAGUAAGAUCACGUUCUGUAUCACCAGCUGAUAGUGCAAGAUCAGAUAGUCCAAAAUCACAAACAAGUCAACAUUCUAAAACAUCAAAUCAUUCAAGAUCAAGAUCACGUAGUCGUAAAUCACCUACAGCAUCACCAAGAAGUCGUAAAUCUGUAUCUGAAUCAUCACGAAGUAAUAAAUCACAAUCUGGAUCACCAGCAAAUAGUAGAGCAGGUUCAGCAAGUCCAGUAUCAUCAAAUAAACGUUCUGGUAGUCGUGUAUCACAUACAAGUAGAAGAUCAACAACACCUGGAUCACAAAAAAGUAAUAGAUCAAGAUCUCCAAGUGUUGACAGUCAUAGAUCACGUUCAGGUUCACCAAAAAGUACAAGAUCAAAAUCACCAUCAAAAUCAAGAUCAGUUAGUCCAAAAGAACCAGGUAGUCCACAUUCAAAAGCAUCAGCAAGUCCAAAAAGUCCAUUAAAAAGUGAUAAUGAUGAUGAUGAUGAAAGAAAAAUUAAAAAAUCAAAUAUUAUUGAUGACGAUGAUGAUGAUAGUGAUAUUGAGGUAACAAAAAGAAAAAGAAUUGACAAUACAUCUGAUUCUGAUAAUGAUAAAAAAGAUACAAAAAAAAAACAAAGACUUAUUGAUAGUGAUUCAGAGCCUGAUAAUGAAAAUACAACAAAUCAAGCUGAACCAACAGCUGAUGCAUUGUUUGGUGAUGCAAGUGAUAUUAGUAGUGAUGAUGAAAAAGAAAAAACAGCUAAUGAUGAUGGUGAUGAUAAGAAUAAGGAUAAUGAUGAUGAUAAUGAUAAAAAAAAACAAAGACGUAGUAGAAGUAGAUCAAGAAGUAGAUCAAGAAGUAGAUCAAGAAGUAAAAGUAAAGAUAAUUCAGAUAGUGGUGGUGAAGGACCAAGUCGUCCAAUGAUUGAAGAUGAUGAUGAAAAAGAUAAUGAACCAGAACCACCACCAGAAACAAGAAUUGAUGUUGAAAUGCCAAAAAUAACAACAGAUCUUGGUAAAGAAAUACAUUUUGUUAAAUUACCAAAUUUUUUAUCUGUUGAAACACGUCCAUUUGAUACUGAAACAUAUGAAGAUGAAAUUGAUGAAGAAGAAACACUUGAUGAAGAAGGAAGAGCUAGAUUAAAACUUAAAGUUGAAAAUACAAUAAGAUGGAGAGAUGCAUUUAAUGAUGAAUCAAAACCUGUUAAAGAAAGUAAUGCAAGAUUUGUUAAAUGGUCUGAUGGUUCAAUGUCAUUACAUCUUGGUUCUGAAAUAUUUGAUGUUUAUAAACAACCAUUACAGGGUGAUCAUAAUCAUCUUUAUAUUAGACAAGGUACUGGUUUACAAGGACAAGCUGUAUUUAGAACAAAAUUAACAUUUAGACCACAUUCAACUGAAUCAUUUACACAUAGAAAAAUGACAAUGUCAUUGGCUGAUAGAUCACAAAAAACAACUGGUAUUAAAGUGCUGUCACAAGUUGGUAUGAAUCCAGAUCAAAAUAGAUAUGAAAUGAUUAAAAAAGAAGAAGAAAAAUUAAGAAUGGCUGUUAGGGCACAAAGUAAAGUUAAAAAACCAAGUACAACUAGAUCACUUGCUAGAACUGCUGGUGGUUAUGGUGGUGAUGCUUAUCAUGAUGAUGCGUCUGAUGAUGAUGGUGCAAUAUCACUUGCUAAUAUUAAAAAUAAACAUAAAAAAGCAACACCUGCUAAAGUAUCAAAUAUUUAUUCAUCUGAUGAGGAUGCCUCUGAUUUUGAAACAACAAGACCUAAAAAAACAUUUAAAGGAACAGCUCUUAAAGACUCAGAUGAUGAAUCAAAAGCAUCAUCUGGUGAAGCUUCUGGAAGUGCAGCUGGUGGUGAUAGUGAUUAAAUAUAUAUUUUUUUUUUAUCUACUUUACUCAUUAUAAUUUUCAAUUAAUUAUAAAUUUUUUCUUUUCUUUGUUACAUUGAGAGAAAAUAAAAAUAAUUUUUAUCAAAUUGCUUUCGUGAUUUAUUGAAUUAAAUAAAUAAAUUAUCAAAUAUAUUUUUAUUUACUUUUUGAUAAUUUAUUUAAAUUUAAUUUUCAUUAGUUCCAGCACACUUGUCGAUUUUAAAAUUUCAACCGACAAAUCACUUUUUAAAUGAUACUUAAGAUGAAAAUUAAUAUGAUAUUAAUAUUCUUACAAAAUUUGAAAGUUGAAAAAAUAAUCUUUACAUAACAUUUAAAAUAAAAUUAUUAAUUUCAAAAAUAUUCUCAAUAUAUUCCCACUAAUUUAAAAUAGAUAAAUAAAAAAUUACAAGAUCAAAGAUAAAUAAAUAAAAAACAUUUGUAAUAUAAAUAUUUUUAUAAACAAUUUAAAAAUAAUAAUUUGCAGAAAUUAAUUUUAUUUAUCAUCAAUAUGACAAAGUACUAUAUAAUUUUUGUAUUUAAAAUUAUUUAUUAAGUAUUACAAUAUAAUUAGUAUCUAAAUAAACUAUUUGUUUUUUUUUUUUUCUUAAAUAUCACCCAUUUAUUAUUAAAAUCAACGGGAUUUUUCAUAAUAAUUAUUAAUAAACUAUGCAUUAAAAAUAAUUUCAUUGUGAUUUGUCUUUCCUUGUCAAUUUCUUGACAUUCAAAAGGUCAUUGUCUCAAUCAGGCAAUGAUUACAUGGGUAUACAUUUAAACCAACAAUGAUAAAAUUAAUUAUUUUUAUAAUUUACUGCCGCAAGUUAAUUAAUUCAACUCAAUUGUUUAUCAUUUUUUUUUUUUUUUUUUUU